AUGUCUAAGAAAGAUAAGUUUUCCUUUAGAUAUUAUGUUGGGCAUGAAGGUAAAUUUGGUCAUGAAUUUCUAGAGUUUGAAUUUAAUUCAAAGGGGAGAUUAAGAUAUGCAAACAAUUCGAAUUAUAAAAAUGAUAAAAUUAUUAGAAAAGAGGCCUAUGUAAGUAAGUCAGUUUUAAAAGAAUUAAAACGUAUAAUUGAAGAAUCUGAAAUAUGUAAAGAAAGUGAUAAAGAAUGGCCUAUGCCAGAUAAAAUUGGAAAACAAGAAUUAGAAAUAUAUUUAGAUGGUGUAGAAUAUUAUUUUACUACUUCAAAAAUUGGAUCCUUAUCAGAUGUCAAACAAUGUAAUGACCCAGAAGGUUUACGUGUUUUUUAUUAUUUAGUACAAGAUUUAAAGUGCUUUUUAUUUUCCCUUAUCUGUUUACAUUUUAGGAUAAAACCAGUUUAA